UAAACUUAUUAAAUAGAUAAUGAAUGCUCUUUCUGGAUUAGUCGGAGAUUACGGCAGUGGGUCCGACAGUUCAGAUAACGAAACAUCAGUUAAAGAAGUUCCGGAAGACGUUCAAAACUUAGUCAAACAUAAAUGUCUUCAAGUUGUAUCAGCUCCUGAUGUUAUCACAAAAGAAGAAGUAUUUCAGUCUCCUUUUAUGGUAGACACCAGUAAACCUCUUGAACUCACCUACAAUCCGACUUAUGAGGAGCUGUUUGCUCCAGAGCAGGGUCCAAAGAAUCCGUUCAAAACUAACCAGGCACUGGCUAAAGCUAAUACCUUGACAGGCUACGUGGAGAAGGCGCACAUCAAUGAUUUCCAAUUUGAUAAUCAAAGAAAAACAUUUCACAGCUAUGGUUAUGCAGAAGAUCCCAGUUUGGACAGCGGAGGGGUGGUCAUUACGAAUUGUCAUAAGGCAGAGAUUGGCAAGUCGGUGUUUGAGAAAAUGAAGAAGCGUGCGGGUGACAAGAGGGAGCGACAGAUUGCGAGUGAUCCGAGUGAUAUAGACGGGUAUCUCGGACCCUGGGGAAAGUACGUGGACGAGGAAACAGUGUCCAAACCACCCGAAGAAGACCAGGCAUAUCUCAAAGAAUACAACGAAAAGCGAGCGAAGCGUAAACGCAGAAAAAUCGAAGACGGUUCUGAGGAAGUUGGAGAUGAAAAAUCAACACUACACAUUGAUGAUCCAUAUGACUACCAAGGACGUUCAUUCUUGGUAGCGUCCAAAGACCUAACAGAAGCGGAUUUAAAUUCAUCAGAUCCACCUGCUAAGUGCUUCAUCCCGAAAGCAUGUAUUCACACUUAUACAGGACAUACGAAGGGUCUAAGUGUUAUCAAAUGGUUCCCGAAAACAGCCCAUCUUUUCAUGUCGGCAGGUCUAGAUGGUAAAGUUAAACUAUGGGAGGUGUACAAUAAAAGACGAUGUGUCAGGACCUACUCUGGACAUAAACAAGCAGUGAAAGACUUCGAUUUCAAUAAUGACGGAACCAAGUUCCUAACGGUAUCUUUUGAUAGAAUGAUUAAGCUUUGGGACACCGAAACGGGCAAAUGUGUCUCGAGAUUUACGAAUAAAAAGAACCCGUAUUGUGUUAAAUUUAACCCAGAUGAGGGCAAACAAAAUUUAUUUUUGGUCGGCUGCAGUGACAAGAAAAUACACUGUUUUGAUAUGGACUCUGGUGAAGUUAUACAGGAAUACGAUAGGCAUUUGGGUAAUGUAAAUACGAUUACAUUUAUUGAUGAGAACCGCCGAUUUGUAUCGACUUCGGACGAUAAGUCAAUGCGCGUUUGGGAGUGGGACAUUCCCGUUGAUUGGAAAUACAUCGCUGAUCCCAGUAUGCAUUCAAUGCCCAGGGUCGCUCUAUCUUUUACAGGAAAGUGGUUAGCCGGGCAGUCGAUGGAUAACCAGAUAAAAAUAUUCAAUGCACCAGCAAAACUGAGAGAAAACAGGAAAAAGGUUUUCAAAGGGCAUAUGGUCGCGGGUUAUGCGUGUGGCUUGGGUUUUUCACCCGACGGAAGUUACGUAAUAUCUGGCGACGCAGACGGAAAAUUGAUAGUUUGGGAUUGGAAAAGUACGAAAUUGUACGAGAGAAUAAAAGCACAUGAUAAAGUGUGUAUUGAUGUUUUGUGGCACCCGCACGAGGCUUCCAAAGUGAUGACAGCGGGAUGGGAUGGACUCAUAAAACUCUGGGACUGAAAGCCUUGAAAUUCGAACUCGCUAAAUUUGGGCGCCAAAAACAGGUCGAGGAGGGAAGUUAUCGAACGGCGUAAAAGGUGAAAGGUUAUAAUUGAAAAAAACUAUUGAAAGUUUUAUGCUGUGUUAUGAUGUUUGCCGAUAGUUAGUGAAUUCACCUUUGUGUCAUUUUUG